UCCACCACGCGAAAGGCCGCCCCUAUUCUCCCCCUUCACAUAUCAUCUCUCGCUCGCUCGCUCUCUGUUGGAAGUCAGGCGACGCGAGGGAUUCGAUUCACCUGCUCCUCCUCCUACGUCUCGACCCGCCGGUCUCGCGACGCGCCGCGUCGGCGGCGGUGAGAUGUGUUGAUCCUAGGUGAGGAGCAGCAGGAUCAUUGUGUCAGUGGUAACUGAGGUUUGUGUGCAUUUUUAGAUGGAGAGGUUAACCACAAACCGCCUCUACAGUUCUGGAGUUCCCAUAACUGUGCCAACAUCUCUGCCCACAAUACCAGUAUCCCUGGAUGAAGGCUUCCCAAGGCUUCCUGAUGUGCAGAAUGUUCUGAUGGAGAGAGAGUUGAGGAGCGCCCCACUACCACCUCAUCAGACUACUGUUGCUCCUAUCCGUGGUCAGUUUCACUCCAGUACCGGUUCUGUUGGGCCUUUGUGUUCGCCCCCGGCUGUAAGGUUCUCGUCGGUUCCAAACCCUGAGCAAUACUCGAGUGCCAAUCCUUAUAAUUCUCAAGCACCAAGUACUGCAAACUCUUCAACGCUGAAUUACGGAUCACAAUAUGGAGGCUUUGAGCCUUCCCUGACCGAUUUUCCAAGAGAUGUUGGACCAGCCUGGUGCCCAGAUCCAGUUGAUAGCAUGCUCGGAUACUCCGGUGAUGUACCUGGUGGGAUCAAUUUAACUGGGAGCACUUCUAUUGGAGCUUCAGAUGAUCUUACUAAGCAAAGUGAAUGGUGGACUGAUUUUAUGAAUGAUGAUUGGAAGGAUAUUGCUGAUAACCCAGUUUCUACUGAAAUCCAACAGGUUGGACCACCUGCGCAAUUAUCUAUCUCAGUUCACCAGUCAGCUACCCAACAAACAGUUUCAACUCAAUCUGGAGAACCUUUGGCAGCUGCGGCACCCUCACCAAGUGCCGGCUCCAAUAUUGCCAAGGCACGCAUGAGAUGGAAUCCUGAGCUUCAUGAGCGCUUUGUGGAUGCUGUCAAUCAACUUGGUGGCAGUGAAAAAGCAACUCCUAAGGGUGUGCUGAAGCUAAUGAAGGCAGAUAAUUUAACCAUUUACCAUGUAAAAAGUCAUCUUCAGAAAUACAGAACAGCCCGAUACAGACCAGAAUUAUCUGAAGGCUCUUCAGAAAAGGUGGCAUCAAAAGAUGAGAUACCAUCUAUUGACCUGAAAGGGAGUUUUGAUAUUACCGAAGCACUUCGUCUCCAGUUAGAACUUCAAAAGCGGCUUCAUGAACAGCUUGAGAUUCAAAGAAGCUUGCAGCUAAGAAUUGAGGAACAAGGGAAGUGUCUUCAGAUGAUGCUCGAGCAGCAGUGCAUUCCUGGAACAGACAAGGCACUGGAUGCUUCAACCUCGGCAGAAGGAUCAAAGUUAUCUUCUGAUCUACCAGAAACUUCUGGUGUGAAGGAAGUAUCUGAAAACAGUCAAAAUGGACUAACCAAGCCAACAGAAUCAGGUGAUAGCUAAUGAAGUUGCAAGGAGCUUCUCCUCAGCAUGCGAACCAAACUGGCCAUUAAAUGGGUUUGACAAAGCCCGGCCAAGUGUAUGUAACAACUUUGCUAUGAACGACGUUGCAAAGCCUGGCCAAGUGCAUGUAACUAGACAUUAGUUGUGCAGUACCCACCAUCACGGUACCGAUGAAUCCCGUGUUAUGUGGAUGAUCUAGGGCAAGCGCAAAUGUCAGGGGGUUUGACUUCUUGCCUUUUGUCCUUUUGUUAGGGAUUCCGUAGCAUCUUCUAGGCAUUUGAUUAUGGGCUAAUUCCAGUAUUUACAGUAAUCUUUAGCACCUCGCUUGUUUACAACAUGUUAUGACCAAAUAUGAUGAAGGGUCGAUUACCUUUUUAUGAGAAGGAUGGACUGCAGUCAGUUCAUUGUGCA